GACACUUUUUAGGGUGAUCUUGCCUGACUUACCAGAGCCAAAUUGUGUACUUUUCCGCAGGACCAACAGGGAUGCGGGUUGGGGAUGGACCGGUUUCCGUGGAAACGGAUUCCCAUCGUUCACCUGCUGAGAGGAAAGCAAAGUGACCUGGGACUCACACUGUUUCCAUCUGAGCGUCUGAAUAACUUUUAAUGUCCCCGGGGCUGGUCUGGGUGUCUGCGCGGUGUUACAGCUGAAUCAGAGAGAUGUCGACCAAACCGCCCCGUGGAGAGCUCACGGACUCUGAUUCAGAGAACUCAUCAGAGGAGCUGACAGAGGCCGUUUGUCUGGAGUCAGACCUGCAGGACGGGCAGAUGAUGGAAGUUGAAGUGAGACAUCACAGCGUGCUGUUGACGCGCAGUGAAGGCAAAUACAGUGCCAUUGGGAACCAGUGUACACACUAUGGCGCUCCACUUAGCAAAGGGUUUAUUUCAGGGAACAGAGUGCGCUGCCCAUGGCACGGCUCCUGUUUCAACGUCCAUACAGGCGAUCUGGAGGAAUACCCCGGCACUGACUGUUUACCUUGCCACAAGGUCCAUAUUCAAAACAGCAAAGUGUAUGUGUCCAUAAAUAAAAAGACUCUCAGGCAGGAGAAAAGGAUAAAGAGUAUGAGCGCUGCAAUACCAGGAGUUACUCACACUGUUCUGCUGCUGGGAGGAGGAGCUGCGUCACUGAUAUGCGCUGAGACGCUGCGGCAGGAAAACUUUGGUGGCAGAAUCAUCAUGGUCACCAGAGAAGACCUUCUACCUUACGACAAAACACGACUGAGCAAGGUAAUGAACGUGGAGAGCGACAGCAUCCUGAUGAGGAGGAUGGAGUUUUUCCAUCAGUAUGACAUAGAGGUGUGGCUCAGGAAAGAAGCUCUUUCCGUGGACACCGACAAGAAGACAGUCACAUUUGAUGAUGGUUCAGUCCAGAGCUAUGACCAAAUCCUCAUCUCAACUGGCUGCAGAGCAAAGGGUCUGGAUGUGCCUGGUAUGAACUUGGGCAACAUCAAGAUGUUGGAGACGCCAGAGGAUGCCCGGCAAAUCCACGCCGCCUGUAUUGGCCACAACGUUGUCCUCGUUGGAACCUCUUUUGUUGGUAUGGAGGUGGCAUCUUACUUGUUAGACAAAGCCUCCAGUAUCACAGUGAUAGGCAGCAGUGAGAUGCCAUACCAAAACACGCUAGGCCCUGAAAUCGGCAAACUCACCAUGCUGAUGCUGACUGAGAAAAACGUGAAAUUCUACAUGAAUGAUAAUGUGACAGAGGUUAGAGGUACGAAUGGCAAGGUGAAGGACAUUGUGCUGAAAAGUGGAAAAGUUAUUCCAGCUGAUGUUCUGAUUGUUGGCAUUGGCACCAUGCCCAACUCAGAGUACUUAAAGAGCAGUAAAAUACAGAUGACCUCAAAAAACUUUGUAAAAGUCGACAAGUACAUGCGCACCAACGUCCCCGAUGUCUUCUGUGGUGGUGAUCUGGCCAUCUUCCCACUGGCCAUGGCCAAAAACCAGAUGGUAAACAUCGGACACUGGCAGAUGGCACAAGCACAGGGGAGGAUAGUAGCUCUGAACAUGCUGAACAAAACCACUGAACUCAACUCAGUCCCGUUCUACUGGACCGUCCUUGUGGGUAAAACCAUCCGAUACACAGGCUAUGGGGAGGGAUACACUGAGAUCAUAAUAAAAGGAAAGUUUGAGGACAGGAAGUUCCUCGCAUUGUACAUCAAGGAUGAUGAGGUUAUAGCAGCAGCUGGCCUGAACUUUGAUCCAGCAGUAUCUGCAGUAGCUGAGAGACUCGCAUCAGGAAAAGUCAUCACAAAGAAAGAGGCCCAAUCAGAUGACCUGAGCUGGCUGCAGCUGUCCUGAUAUUCACCGUCUCCCACUCAUCUGUACACCGUUCAGUCCUCCGUCUCUUCUUCAGCACGGCUCUCAAUAAGGACAAGGAGUUUGAAGACAUGGAUGAAAAUGUUUCAGUCAGCGGAGACAAACUUCACUGGUGGGGUCAAAACAGCACCAACCACAGUGAAGGCUGCAGUCACAGUUCAGCGUCUAAUACAGGCUGUGUGGAAGUUUUAGAUUUGACACUGCAUGUCAUGCAUUUGGUGUUCAUGUCAACAACAGAUACCUCAAAAUGAUGCAGCUUAUGGGUCUUUUUUUUUUUCUUUUUUCAUUAUUUCUUUUUUUUUCAUUUCAGGGAUUUAUGUCUCCAGGAGUGUUUCAGUGACAGUUCAGAGACAUCGCCUUUUAAGAUGCCUCAGUAUGUUCUCUGCCAUUAACAUUUAAAGCUGCCUUUUACUUUGAUGGGGCAGCUGGAAAAACAUAAGUGACCUUAAUGCCCACUGCAGCCGUGUACGUGAUCCAGUCAGUGAGUCGGAGGGGGGGAUUAGGAAAACAGAGGCAGGAGCAUUUAGCUCUUUGAAACAGAGAUGCUGAAACAGACAACAGUAACAAAACACACCAGCAGGAAACAAUGGGCCUGCAGCAAGUGCGAACAAAAGCACAAAAGAAAUGCUGCGUUUCUCUCCCCCCCCCUCGAGCUCUCUGCUGGUCUAUCACUAUCUUUAAUUCACACCUUUUACUCUUCGCUCUCAGCAGCACGCCUCAGUUCACCCAGGACCUUUCAGGGCCUAGUACCAUUUUAGCUGGUAGUAGGUGGUAAUGGAUUUUUUUUUUCUCUGUACUAAUGUUGUAUGUAAAAGAUUUUAAAUUUUUUUUCUUUGCAAAAGGCAAACUGAACACUUUUUUGGUCAACAUUUGAAUUGAAACUUGUUGCCUGCAAUUUUAAGGAAAAUGGAAGCUGUGGACAGAAAUCUUCUUUAAUCUUAAAUAUAUUAGAAAAAUACAAUUUUUGCAGAUAAUUAAGGAUAAAGCAGAAUAAAGGAUAAAGUGUAUUUUAUGCACAGGAGAUGACUGAGUCCUCUGAUAUCCCUGUAACCUCACUUCUGUGUGAAAAAAUGCAUUUACAGUGUAACGCAGAAUCACUCUGUAACAGCAAGUAAUUUAUGAAUCAUUGGUAUAAGAAGAAUAUCAGAUUUGUUCUCCUGGGGUGGAGAAUGUAAUUUGCCUAAUACAAGAUGAAGGUACAUCGAUGAACAUCAGUCCUCUUGUUAGUAACGGCUUUGUUAUCAACUCGAAGUGAUUCUUAAUGCCAAGGGAGGAAUAAAAGUG